AUGACCACAACGAUGCGCACGAUUGUCACGGUGCUCCUGAUGUGCUGGGGUGCCGGAACCGUCGCCGGCGUCUACUUCAACGACGACCUCGUGCUUUUCGUGUCCGACGUGCAGGAGCACACCAAGGCGUCCAGUGUCGUCAUCGUCUACGCCGGGGACGACCAAAGUCUCAACACGACGUCCCUCAUGCAACUUUUGCUGCGCAAGUUUUCGAGCAAAUUCGUGCCGUCCCUGACCCUCAACUACAGCGACGUAUUGCGACACCACAAAAGCUACCGCCAGCACACGACCAAGCCUCUGUUUGUCGUACUGAUCACCUCGUACCAGGAGCUGCACAUGUUCCAGCGCAUGACCGGCAGUUACGACAUGUCCUACCCGAGUUGGCUCCUCGUUUUCACGAGCGAGACAUCGAGGAUGUGCUACCGGCCCUCGGGGAACUCGUUCAAUCUGGCCUUCGACACCGAAAUGCUGGUCAAGUGUUACAACGACCCGACCGUCCGCGAGUGGUACUCGGUCAGAUUCAACGAGACGAGCAUUUACGAACUGAUCACUUGGACCCCGGAGCGCGGGCUGCGGCUCAUGUCGAAAAAGAGCUUCUACGAGAGGAGGAACAACCUCGGGGGCAUGAGCUUGUCCGUCGUCACGGUCGGGAAAGUCCCGGAGAACGGGUCGCACUACAACCACAACUUCUACUCGUCGGUGCUCAAUGAGUUGAGCAAAUCCCUGAAUUUCACCCUGAAUUUCACGUGCACCGAGAAAUUUGGUGGCACGUAUAACAAGAGCGAGAACAAAUGGACGGGGGCGAUCGGUAGGUUGGAGAGGGGCGAAGUCGAGCUCGGCGCGUCCGAGUUCACGAUGACCGAGAACCGCCUCGGAGUCAUUGAUUUUAGUUUUCCCAUCAUGAUAUCGCGCAGCAAAAUCUACGUGCAACAGCCCGACGGAUCGGCCAUGAAUUUGUACUCGUACUUCAAGGUGUACCACAUAAACGUUUGGCUGUCCAUUAAGUUCACGUACAUCAUGGCAUCGCUCGUGGUAACGAUUCUUAGACUCAUCAUCAAGGGAAAAUCGCUGCCUUACGGCCACGUUUCGGAAAAUUUUCUCUCCAUCUGGGGAAUACUGUGGCAACAGGGCUUACCAGAACUGCCGAAAGAAACAUCGGUAAGAAUAGCGUACUAUGUGGUGCUCCUCGAGGCUGCAUUACUCACGGCGAUCUACUCCGCCUGUUUGAUUAGUUACUUGGCCGUGACUCGUCCUAGUUUGCCGUUUAGCGAUUUGAAGGGACUGGCCAAUGACGGUUCUUACAAAGUGCUGACUUUGAGAGAAAGCGCGGAUUACGAGUUCUUUCAGACUUCGACGAACGAGGAGAUGGAAAAGAUCAGGACGUUGAUGCCGGAGUCUAACUCACAGCCACUGUCGAAAGAAGUGGGCUUCCAGCGCGUGUGCGAGGGUAAGAAUGCCUUUUUUACGACCGGCCACGUCAAGAAUCUCGCCCAUUACAAAAUACCGUGCGACGUGAUUCCUCUGGACACCAAAAGAAUCGGUUGCUUCUCCAUUACCAUGAGAAAAAGGAGUCCUUACAAGGGCUUGAUUAAUUACUACCUAUUGAAGUUUAUAGAUAACGGCUUGAUAAAACGACUGCGCUCCCAAGUGUACCGCAAGGUGUACAAUCGGGACAAGAAGUACAAGCCCAUGAACAUAGCCAGCGUCAUUUUCAUUUUUCUCGUUCUCUCGAUCGGUUUCACCUGCAGUUUGAUGAUACUGUGCUGCGAAGUGUUUGCUCACAAGGCCAACUUGGAGUGGAGAAGUCGUAAGACCGCGACAAUUUCUAAGAAAAAAAUGGUUGAGAGGAAAGCCCUGGACGAGGUCAACAUAGCAGAGUACAAGGAUAACUUGUUGUACAUUGCUUAUUUAAAAACUAUUCAUCAUCGCAAGGUGUAA